AUGUCUCGAGACAGACGGUGUGCAUUGCGUGAGUGCCUGUGGCGACACUGUUCUCCGGCGUUGCUGACCGCGUGGCUUCUGUUUCCUCCCACAGAAAGUCAUUCGGAACCAGUGGAGACAACAGAAGUAGACGGGGACGUCGAGGUCCCACCCAACAAAGCCAGGGUCCUGCGGGGCCAUGAGUCCGAGGUCUUCAUCUGUGCCUGGAGCCCCGUCAGUGACCUCCUGGCCUCCGGGUCCACAGAUUCGACUGCGCGGAUCUGGAACCUGAACGGAAGCAGCAAUGGAGCGUCCGCCCAGCUCGUGCUGCGGCACUGUAUCCGAGAAAGGGGGCAGGACGUGCCCAGUAACAGAGAUGUGACCUCGCUGGACUGGAACAGCGAUGGGACGCUGUUAGCAACAGGUUCCUAUGAUGGUUUUGCAAGAAUCUGGAUGGAAGACGGUAAUCUGGCCAGAACCUUAGGCCAACGCAGAGGCCCCAUCUUUGCCUUGAAGUGGAACAAAAAGGGGAAUUACAUUGUGAGCGCUGGCGUGGACAAAACAGCAAUAAUUUGGGAUGCCCACACAGGAGAAGCCAAACAGCAGUUUCUGUUUCAUUCUGCCCCCGUUCUCGAUGUGGACUGGCAGAACAACACGACCUUUGCCUCCUGUAGCACAGACACGUGCAUUCACGUCUGCAGACUCGGCUGCGACCGCCCCGUCAGAUCCUUCCAAGGACACACAAAUGAGGUUAAUGCCAUCAAGUGGAAUCCCUCUAGAACGUUGUUGGCAUCCUGCUCGGAUGACAGUACAUUAAAGAUCUGGAGCAUGAAGCAGGACACGUGUGUCCAUGACCUGCAGGCGCACAGCAAAGAGGUCUACACCAUCAAGUGGAGUCCGACCGGGCCCGCCACCAGCAACCCGAACGCCAACAUCAUGCUCGCAAGUGCUUCGUUCGAUUCCACCGUCCGGCUGUGGGACGUGGAGCGUGGUGUGUGCAUCCACACGCUCACCAAACACCAGGAGCCCGUCUACAGUGUCGCCUUCAGCCCCGACGGCAAGUACCUGGCCAGCGGCUCUUUUGACAAGUGUGUGCACAUCUGGAAUACUCAGAGUGGGAGGCUCGUCCACAGCUACCGAGGCACUGGAAGCAUCUUCGAGGUCUGCUGGAACGCCCAAGGGGACAAAGUGGGCGCCAGCGCGUCCGAUGGCUCUGUGUGUGUGUUAGAUCUCCGAAAGUAAACGGAAUGUUGCAGGAAAGAGAAGAGAAUUCUAACCCACCAGCAGUUCGCGUGGGGUGGGGUGGGGGUGGGGGGGCAUCCUGUGGGCUCCAAACUGCACGGGCGUGGCGUGUGGGCGUGGACUUUGAAGUCAGCUCCUCCUGGGCCCUGGAUGCCUAUAUCUUUCCUAGUUCUUGUCAAAAAGUUUCAAA